CUUUUUUUUUAUCGCGCACAACUCUCCUCGUGUAACGGGGCGGCGGCCGCGGUUCGCUCGCUCAUUGUCGCGCCGUGGAGAAGAAGUGUUUGUUCGCAAGUUGUGUAGAUACAAGAAGGACGAAGUGAAGUGAGCGAGAGAGAGAGAAAGAGAGAGCUGGGGCGACUUUUGAAAGGAAAAUGAAGCAAAUGGAAUCAAAGCGUUGGGGCGGUGGGUAGCGGUCUCGAUGCGAUGGCGCUGCUGACGGCUUGGCGGCCCCACGUUGGUGGACCUUGAGGCCCCGAUCACUCUGCGGCAGCAAAUCUCAAACCCCGGACGGACGGACAAGCUGCGUGUGUCUGUCGUGGAGUGGUUUUUGAGGCAGGGGGGUGGUAGUGGAGGGGAGGGUUCAGUGAAAGGCGAGUUUAGAAAUCUCAAGGGGAGGGGUUGGGCAAGCUCCCUGUGACCCCCUCUCCCCAACCCCCUCCCCACUGGGCCCCCUUGCCGAGUGUUUCCCCUGAGCCAUGAGUGGACGCUUGGGUUUCCAGAACAACCGCAGGAUGCAGGAAAGGAGGAGAGUCCGAGUGCUGCUGCCCACCGGCGACGAUCUCUCCAUCAUCAUCCCCGUAAAGACUACCUGCCGAGAGCUCUUCUCCCAGGUGUGCGACCUCCUCAAGCUGAAGGACCCCAAUUUCUUUGGGCUCAGCGUUCUGACAAACAAUGAACACAUUUUCAUGGACCUUGAGCAGAAGCUAACCAAGUACUGCCCCAAGGAGUGGAAGAAAGAAGCCAGCAGGGGGAUUGACCACUUUGGGCCGCCCUUCAACAUUCACUUCCGAGUGCAAUACUACGUUGAGAACGGAAAGCUGAUCAGUGACAGGGUGGCACGCUUCUACUACUACAACCACCUGAAGAGCCAGGUGCUGAGCUCGCAGUGCGCCCUACGGGAGGAGGCGUACUUCCUACUCGCGGCGCACGCCCUGCAGGCCGACCUGGGGGACUUCCGGCCUUCCAGGCACCAGGGCCGCUACUUCCAGCCAGAGGCGUACUUCCCAGCAUGGGUCAUCAAGAAGCGCGGCGGCGACUACAUCGUGAGGCACGUGCCAGCCAUGCACCAGGAUCAGGCCGGAAUGUCUGCCAACGAGAGCCAGCUAUGCUACAUCCGCGAGGCGGCGAGACUCGAGGAUGUGCCCGUGCACUUCUAUGCCCUCUUCAAGGAGAAGAAAGACGAUGAACCCACUUUGCUGUUAGGAUUGACUCUUAAAGGUCUCCAGAUUUACCAGGGACUGAGUGCCGAGAGCCAGCAGCUUUUGUACGACUUCCCGUGGUCAAAUGUUGGAAAACUCAUAUUCAUGGGGAAGAAGUUUGAGAUGGAGCCGGACGGACUGCCCUCGGCCCGGAAGCUCGUGUUCUACACGGGGUCGCCGCUUCGCUUGCGUCACCUCCUGCUGCUCCUCAGCACCAGCCACCGUCUCUUCAUGACCGUGCAGCCGCUGCUCAGACAUCUCCGACGCCUCGAGGACUCCGAGGCGCAAAAGCGAUACCGCGAGUCCUACAUCAGCGACGCCCUGGAGAUGGAGUUGGAGCGGCUGGGAUCGAGGGCCAGGAGCAGCGGCGAGUGCAGCGGCGGCACCAACAGCGGCAACGGCAGCGUCGUCGCGGGCGGCAUCGCGGCCGGCCGGGCCGGCGCCGGCUCCUUCAGCAGCGUGGGCAGCACCAACACGUCGGGCAUCGAGUCGGACGCCAAAACCCAGCCGGGGAAGGAGCCUUGCUCGCGCUUCCCGCGGAGUCCCGGCUCGGAGAGGAUGUCGUGCGUCUCCACCGGGCGCAAGGGGCCACUGCAGGCGUGCAGCUCGGUGGACAGCCACGGCAGCUCGCACACGUCCGGCGUCGGAAGUGCCGGGCAAGAGCACCACGAGGGCGACUCUCCCCUCCACGAAGUGGAGAUGCUGGUGGACGACCCCAGCGACUUGGUGUUCCUCCAGCGAGCGGACAGCACGGAUGACUCCAUCUCCUCCACCUACAUCUACGUGACCCAGGAGGACCUGGAGACUCCCUGUGUUAACACGCACGCCGGGCUGGUGGUAAAGAUGUUGAGUUGUGGCUUAUCAGAGUCUCCGGAUUUACUGCAAGGCAGCCCAGGCAUAACGUCCUCGCAAAAAGGGCAGGCUGCGCUGAAGGCCCAGAGUCCAAAGACGGGACGGUACCCUCGCCCGGCGUUCGGAGCGAAGACGUCAAAACUGGCGGAGACUUCCUUCCCAGCGGGGCGACCCUGGCCCGGGGUCUCUGCGUCAUCUGCCGCCAUGGCCUUGCUGGAUGACGAGUCUCUCCCCGAGUUUGUGGUUUGACCCCUGGAGUUACACCCCCUCCCACCGGCCCCCUUGGCUUCGAACCGUGGCUUCCACGUCUAUACAUAAAUAUAUAACGUCGUCCUCGCGCCAAGCAGUGCCUUGACUUUUUUCGAAGCUCGUCAAAAAACGAAAGUGGGCGACCGGCAAGCUCUCGCAAAGGGACAACCGCGGCGUCGCUGCGAUUGCCGGUGAAUCGCCAUAAAAUCUUCGCCACGAAAGGUUGCCAACACCACCGCCGCGUGGCCUGCUUCUAUAUGAUGGGUGCUUUAGGAGUUGUUCUUUUUGCAUAUAUAUGUGAAUUAGCAAGAUGGCGCUUAUUUUUACGUAACUUGUAUUAUAAUGUGCCCGCAAUGGUUGUAGUUGGAAGGGGUUCAUGAGAAAGUGGUAUACAUAGAUAAGAGGAAGACCAAAUGUGGGCAGCGUUGGCUUCAGUGCAGGCCAUUUGGAAGUCAAGCCUAGCAUUCAUCGUCAAAGUCGUUUGUGGUCAGCAUGACCCUUGUUUUGACCGGGUAAGAUCCCCUACGCUCUUAACCUCUUUUUCUUCUGAAAUCUAAUCCGACAAAUACGGCCGCUUUUCUGGUACUCCCCCAAUGGGGUGUCCCUCUUGCAGAGUGCAUCGGGGUUAAUAGAGCCGAUGAAUUCAGGAACCACAGGGUGGGCACCGAUCCAUUAUGUUGCGGCGAAGGCAUUGGGCAGGUGUGAAGUGUGUCCAGUAGCAAUGCCAGGGAACCUUUUUUCUAAAGCAAACAAACGCAAAAGCGUACACGUGGUGAAGAGGCAUGGAGGUGUACAUGGAAACGAUUUGGAUGCUUGUGCACUUGACCGACCGAGUCUCUGAAAUUAUCUUGCGCCCAUUUACUAACCCGUGCACGUCAGGUGCUGCUUCCGUACUCAACCCGAGCGUUGGAAAAACGUCAAAUGUUGCGCGCCAUGUGCAUAAUUUACCUCUUCCCGCGCAUAUUUCCAUGGCAGCGUCAUAACGGGGCAUAUGCAAUCAAUUAUGCUUCCAUUCUAAAACAAUGCCGAGUGUGUAUUCUGUUGAGAAAAUCAUGACAGAUUGUAGGAAAGGGGAAAUAAUUGCUCUUCGAGGAAGCUCUCUAACCUAAUAAUGAAAAAAAAUGUUACUUCAUCCAUAGUUUUCAAAAAUCUACAGAGAAAACAGCCCUUGAAAAUGUUGCCACUCCACUAUGUGGAGGCUUGCUAAAUUUGUAAAAUGAAUGGCAGCGUAGACCUAACGUGUGUAGAUGUAACAUGUGAGACGUAACGUGUGUCGACGUAAUAUACGCACCAGCGCAUCCCCGACAGUGUCCCAUUCGUUUUUAUUUUUUUUUUACUUGAAAAUGCCACCAAUAGCCAUGAGCGAGCCCUCUUCGUAUUAUAUAUUAUAUAUUGCGCCACGGCUUCAGUAAUUACAUCAGCGGGCGCGAAACCGAAUCGUUUCUUGAAAAACUGCUCCAAUUAUUAACCAGAGGGCGGCGGCAGCGGCGGCAGCGGCGGCAGCGGCGGCAGCGGCGGCAGCGGCGGCACCACCGGAGCAUCGAAUCUUUUAAGUGGGGCUCAUGGGGGGUCAGCAGGGGUCAUGCAAGGGGCGGCAGUGGCAGUGAGCGAUUGUUCUUUGGGAUAUUGCUAUCGACCCCUUUUAUGAAUGUUUCUGUGAUGUCUCAUCAUUACAAAAGUGUGUGUGUGUGGUUUUUUUUUUCCUCUGCGUGCUUUUCGCUUUGACGAUGCCGUUGUGCGAUGAUGGUAAGCACGCUGGAUUCGCAAUCCGAAAGUCGCCAGUUAAAUUUGCGUUCUAGAAAGCCCUUCACCCAUGUGCAGCCAGCGGUGUAAAUCAACACACCAGUUUAAUUGAUGGGCAGGUUGUGUGGGUACUCCCACCUCUUCCAAAGCAUCUGGCUAGCAUGGAAGAGUAGGCCAAAUACCGUUUAGAGUGGUUCACUCUAGUGGGGGAGACCCUUUCGCCAGCAGUGGUGUGUAUUGCAAGGCUGCACCUUUUUGCUAUUUGGUUUGGCUUCCCAACUUUAGCAGUGCUGCAGCAGAGACUUGAGUGCAGUAUUACGUUGAAAAUUUAAUCGUCGGUAUUUCGUAAGUUGACCGAUUUUAUUUUUCUUCGAUUAAGUAGUGAUCUCCAAAGCUUGGUGUAAUGUUGUUUGUGAAGAAUAUUACGCCAAGGAACUUUACGAAUGGGGUAAAAAAAAACACAUUGAAUAUCCCGCAGUACUAGAUUAUGGAGUGCAAUUGCAUGUAGGUGGGAGGGAACGGUAGGUAGUCGGUGCACUGCGCUUUGAACCAGGUGACCCGAGUUCGAUUCCCAGAGUCGACACCAGCAGCGUUGGUCAUCGCUCUGGUCGUGGGCUACCCGUUCACCGACCCGCACUGACCAACGUGGCGAAGUAUGGUCAAGCAACUCAUGGCAGAGAGGCAUGGGGGGGACCUUCAUCCAGCAGAAGGUCGACAAAAAGAUUGUAAAAAAUAUAUAUACACGUAACGUACGUGUCCUGUAUAUAUAUAAAAUUGUAAAGAUGUGUUAUUCAUACUUGCUCAUGGGUGCAAGCUUUAAAAGGCUGUUUUUUUUUAAAGGCUCUCAAUGUGCAUAUGAAGGAAGACGAGAGACAGAUUGCCACCCGUGACGCGGUGAUGACCGUGUGUGCUCCGCUUCAAAGAUUUCUCAUGGAGGAGUGGCAGAAUUCCAAAUGCGGUGGGAAUGGAAGGCGAUGGACUCUGGGAGGUCCCGCGUGGAAUUUAAAUCUUCACAGCAGCCCCAUUUAUGAGCGACUUGAGGCUGAUGGAUCAGUCGCACAGCCAGCCCGGCGGCUUGUAUGAAGACUGGAAAGGAGGGAGGUGAACUUCUUUCAGCAAAAGGCUUAAAUCAGUAUUAUAGUAGCGCACAGUGCACCGGAGCGCACGGUAAUGCAGAAUUCUUAGACAAGUCCCAUGGACGGUUUUGCCUUGUGUGCGCAGUGCUUGUACAGUACCAAUUUGUGCACACUUGUCAGCCAUGCAUCGCAUGGCCUCUAUUGUGGUACAAGGAUAGUGAAACGGUAAUUGAAGAGCAGUGAUUUAGUGAGUGAUGUUCGGAGUGUGGGAGAGCACUUUGGACACAUGGUAGAAAGACCAUCUCUUUGAGCUCAACUCUCACAUUGAACAGAUCUCUGCUGCAGAUAGCUGGGGUGGGGAGCAACUGGGGGCUGUCGUGAGUGUUUACACGCCCUCAAAUAUUUUAGAUGCGGCUAAAGAGAACCCGCAACGUUUUCGACGAAAACCCGAACAUUUUUGGGGUCUGCGUAUUUCUCCCGUCCACGAGCUGAUACAUGCUGAUAAUGCUGAUGACGGGAGCUAGUAGUUGUGCAGUAAGAACUCAUCUGUGCCCCAGAGGUGGGGAUGAACUCGGUGGAUCCUAUCUGUGAUCUCACCGAUAACCACCGGGGAAAAAAUGUGCCAGUUAGAGGACACGCCCUACUUGGAAAGUGUGGCUUCGUCCCUGAUAGACGGGGCACUUUGAACCGCGGUUUACACUUCUUGCAAGGUUGGUGUCGCUUGACUGUGUGACGCAUAGCGCAGCGGUCCAUCAUUUUUAUGCACAAUGUGACUUACAUGACGAACUUGGCAUUUUUACUUGUUGCUCUUGUAAUUUUGAUAACAAGCGGGAGUCGCAAAUGGUGCUCGUCAAACUUGGUGCUCAUCGUACAGGGUGAAGUGACGGUGCAGCGAAUGUUUCUGAGCAAUAGGGUGUCCUCGAAAUAGCGGGCUAAUUCAGGGGGUGGGCUGCCCUGGUGAAUCAUUAUUUCCACGAUGCCUAUUUAGGUGGCUGUAAUUGCAUUAUUGCUAUUGCUCUUUAUAUUGUAGCAAGCAUUUAUAAGCAACAAAAAGGAACGGUAACAAAAAAAAUAACGCACCACUGAAAAUACUGAAAGUCACAAGACAUUUCUGGAACGCACCAUAUGGUGCCACGUGGUCAUUGCUGUCUGGAGCUAACCCGGGACUGGCCGCUGUGCGACGUUCACACUCGGCGUGGAGAUGCAGCUGGCAACAACAAGCCAGCAUUAUUGCGUUACACGCUGAUCGCUUUCACCUCCGGGAGGACGAGUUUCAGUUUAUUCCCAAUGAGCCCCGUUAGAUUGUGGUGACGCGGUAUAUAUCCACUCGCAUUAUUUCGACGACAAAGCUAGUUAACAACGGAGCACGGGCGAUGUGCAAUGAACGUUUGUGACCAGAUUUGGCAAUUAGUUUGUACACGAUCAUUGCAGGGUUUGUUGAACGGUCAUGCCCUGAGUUUGUUGCAAGGAUCGAUGGCAUUCUUUACUAUGGAGAGAGUCAAUUGUAAUACUUACAUCAUGGUCAAAGUGUCAGAUGUUAUUGUCUGGUGUACUAGCUUUUUUCCUUGCUUACCAGCACAACAGUUUUAAAAUUAUGUUAAGUGCAGUAAUACCAUAGAAAAUUAGGUAACAACGCAUCGAUGAACAUACAUUCUUACACUUAAGUUACGUGCAAAUCAUAUGCUGAUAAUGCUACAAUUAGUCUCAGUAUACCACAAUGCAAAUGCAACACAACACAAUGCAAGCGAGCCAAUAUUGUCAACGGCAUGCGUCAAACCAAUACAAGAAAUAAUCGAUUUUUUAAUCGAGUUGUGACACUAAACCAUGACAAUUUAUGGAAUUUCUGAGAAGUUAACGAUUGCCUGUUUAACAGUAAUCACAACUCUCUAUUGUAUAGACCAGGGGUGGGGAACGUCCGGCCUGCGGGCCAUAUAAGGCCUGCAAAAUCAUUUGGUCUGGCCCUGCCAAGGCAACCGCAGGCGGGGCUCGAAAUUCAAUAAAUCUUGGAGCAAACCUGCACAAGCAGUUGCGAGUAGCAACAUCAUCAAUACCAGCUAACAUCAUCACACGCCUCGCCAAAGAGAAGCAGUUCCAGCCAUCACAUUAGGGGUGAGUUAAUGAAAUAUUUGACCAAAUAUAACAGGCUAAUUUUUAAGUUGAUGAUUUUGUAUGGCCCGCGAAUUAUGUUGUAAAUAUCCAAAUGGCCCUUGGAAGACAAAAGGUUCCCCACCCCUGGUAUAGACCCUGGACCGCUGGGAGAAGUAUUGUUCACGGGAGGUCAUUGUAACACUGCUUUAAAACAGUUCCACUUCAUCUUUGCCCCGUGAGUCAUUGGGCAAUAGCAGUGCUAAUAAACGAGAAAGGAAGCAGGCAAUUUAGCAAGCUCACAAAAAUAUCCAGUUAAUGAUGAUAAACACGAGUAACGUGUUUUUUUUACGGCGAAAGCACAAGAGGAAAUCCCCGGCAUGCUCUGCACCCCAAGAUGACGGCGCCAUUCUCACAUAGAUUCUGCCCAUGGUUAUUUGUCUACGUAUUGUGGUGCCAAUGCCCUAGGUGGCAAGGUUUUGUGUCUGGUCUGUGGGAGACGGUGCUGUCCGAUGUAACAGCCGCACUGGGUUUGGCCAUGUCGGCAAAACAAGCGUAGUUUUGUGAUCACCCUUUGGCUGAAUUAUUAAUUCAUCCCCUGAAGUGUGGCGGGACAGCUGUUGUAUCUCAGACGCGGCGGACCGUCCUGCUUGCGACGCUGGACAUUGGAGGGAGCGUUGUGUGCCGUGUUCACGAUGGUGGGAAUUCACCGCUCUUGUGCCGCGUUUCCCAACCACGACUCGCGCUGUCUCCCGAGCCUCCGCGGGGUUGUCUGCAAGUGGGUCCGAUGUUUUCAGUAUUACAAUAGCACCUUUUUUAUACAUGUUAAGUAUUUUUUAUACAUUUUUUUUGUCAUAUCUGAAAUGUAUAUUUUUCUACGCGUUUAUAUGCGAAACUUCGUUUGAGUAUUCAAUGCAGUGCAUCUCCAAUUAAGUGCUUUGAUUUGUAAGUGUAUUUACAGUGCAGUAUAUUAAUUUCCCAGCCUGCAGAGUACUGUAUAUAUCUGCAAUUACAGAUUUUUGAAUAAAAUUUAAACCUAUGAUAUAAAA